AUGUAUUUAAACGAUGCAGAGCCAGAAGACGAGAAUGACGAGGCGGGAAAUGACAUGGGCAUGGAGAGAGUGUUUGAGGAGCUCAAUACAUUAAAGGGGACCGUAGACGGCCUGGAGACUCGUCUUAAAGAAACAGUGGACAGUGCUCUGAGCAGAGAGGAGGGGCUAAGAGCGGCAAUCGAUGUGAUGGCAGGAGAAUUCAAAAAUUAUUCUACGCCUUCCAUCCCUGCACAUUCUUCACACCGGCGACUAAGCGCAGAUGAGACCUGUCCCCCAGUACCAGCAGCCGCAGCCAGACCCCCCAUUAGAAUGGAGUUUCCUCAGUUCGGAGAGUCGCGGAAUUCCUCUGACGUCACGGACUUUGUUGAGCAGUGUGAGAACUUUUUAACCCUCAGACCACUGAGUGACAUAGAGCUGAUAGGAACGCUCAACACAGUUUUAAAGGGCCCUGCACGCAGUUGGUGGUUGGCCGCCCGCAGUAAAAUCUGCAACUGGACGGACUUUAGGAAGUCCUUCCUAGAGGCGUUCUUACCCAUGGACUAUCAGGCUAAGAUUGAAGAUCAGCUCAGGACCAAUGUGCAGGCCCCAGGCCAAUGCCUGAGAGAUUUUGCAUACGACAAUCGAGCUCUCUGUCUAAAGUGGAGACCAGAUAUGACGGAGGCAGACAUGGUGCGUCGCAUCCUCAAUGCUUGUAACCCUAGGCUGGCUAGCAGGCUGCUAGGCACAGUUACCACCGUUGAACAGCUGGUGAAGGUGGGCUCUCUUAUUGAGAAAGACUGGAGCAACACAAAGGACUAUUGGAGCAGAGUUCAGCAGUCACACGGUCCAAACCGGAGCUCCGGUGGCGACGCCACUACAGCUUUGGGCGAGCCGUCUCUCCUUGUCGUGCCGGUCUACCUUCGCGGGUCCAAAGGUGAUGCGGUACUUGAUUCGGGAUGCACCUACUCCCUCAUGAGCCACUCACUAUGGAAGGCCAUCCAGUAG